GUGCUGCAGCCGCUGCAGCAGCGCACAUUGGAGUUGCUGCAUUUGUUAGAGCUUCACCAUUUGCCUGCUCUUCUCUGCAACCUGGCUUCUGUGCAUGCGGGCAGCGCAGCAGCAGCAGCAGCAGCAGGAGCAGCAGAAGGAGGAGGAGCAGCAGCAGCAGGAGCAGCAGCAGCAGCAGAAGACAAAGAAGAACAGCACAAUUUAAAAGGAGACAGCCACAAUUGGCUGCUGCUAAUCGAUGGCGCUGCAACCCAAGCAGCGCUCCUCUGCGCUGAAUCCAGCGCGGGGCCCACCACCCUCCUCAGGGAAGAGCUGCUGCGGAGAGUGCCAGAAGUCGGCAAGAGUUGGGAGGGCCUCGGCAAGCUGCUGCAUCUCCAACACAAGUACAGGUCGGUGCAGCAGCAGCAUCAGCAUAAGCAGCAGCAGCAGCAGCAGCACAUCAGCUCCAGGAGGGUUCGGUGCCCUCAGUUGCUGCAAGCGUCUCUUGCUGCUGCUGAGGAGCAGUUGGGGUGUAUGUACACCCCAACACAACUACCAUUGGUUGCUCUCACGCUGGCGCUGCUCGCGCCUGACGACGUCGCACUUGUUGGGUGUCUGCUGCUGUCUCGUCAGCUAACUGCUGCGCUGCCGUCUCUCCCGUGUAGCAGCAUCUGUAACUGGGCCUAUGCAGCAGCACUCUGUCUCUUCCAGAUGAUGCGCGAAGAAGGGGUGGAGAAGACGCUGAGGCAGCAGCAGCUGCUGCUGAGGCAGCUCGAUACUGCAGUGCUGCUGCUGUCUCGGGUGCAGCAGCGGCUGUCUCUGCAGCAGAGGGAAACACUAAAAGAAAUAUGUUUCUUUUUGUGCUGCCUCACUGGCGCUGAUGCAGAUUCUGCUGUUGCUGCUGCUGCUGCAAAAACAGCAGCAGCUGCUGCUGCAAUUUCUGCAGAGACGCGCGCGUUUGCUGCUGCUGCAACGUUGGCACAGCCUGAGGGGCCCCUACCUCUGGGGCCCCCCUCGCUCGACUACACCCUACUCGAAGUUAAACCCGUGCUGUCUCGGAAGUUGCUGGUGGCUGAGGAGGCGACGGGCGAAGUCGCGCUGCACCACGUGGGGGUACGUGAGGUGUACGUACACCUUCAGCAGCAGCAGCAGCAGCAGCAGCAGCAACGGGAGCAGCAGCAGCGUUCGCAUAGGGAGCUAGCAGAGGUGCUGCCCGGAAUUUUGCUGCUGGAUAAGGGCCCCCAACUGACAGCAGCAGAGAGCUUCUCGCUUGCAUGCAUCACAUCCUUCUCUGCUGCUGCUUCACCACAGCUGCAGCACCGCUUAGUAGCAGUGGGCUGA